AUGGAGCCACCUCCGAAACCGGUCCAGCUCCCUAAGCUCGAAAUCCUCCCGCGAGACAAGGGAUGGAAGUUCCAAACCCCAACGAAGAAGAUCAACGACGGUGCAGACGUCUCGCACUUCUUGACCUCGAAAGCCUACCGCGACAUCUGCGUCUUUGUGCUCCAGUUGAACCGCUCAUUAUGUCCCCGCAAAAAAUCGGGCGCCCCUGCCAACGCUGGCACCGUUUUCACGCUCGCAUCUCCGCGCGACGACCCACCCUCCGUUCGACGGUUGCAGACACUCCUCGACAAGGUGGCUGCGAUAGUUGACGAGACGCCGCCCGACCCGGGACCGCGCAGGUUCGGUAACAUCGCCUUCCGGGCGUGGCACAAGCAUCUCGAGGACAGGGUUGACGCGCUCUUGGCUGAGUCUAUCGCGCCUGAGGUUCUGUCUUUUGAUAACGAUGGAGCGGAAAAGGCCGAGGAGCAGAAGGCUGUCUCAACAGCUGGCGCCAUCGAUGAGUUGAGGGCAUAUUUCCUCGGCAGCUUCGGCAGCUCCCAAAGGCUUGACUACGGAACUGGACAUGAGCUGAGCUUCCUGGCUUUUUUGGGUGGUCUGUGGAAGUUGGGUGCAUUCACAGAUGGGCCGGAGUCAAAUCAAGGCGACAUUGAGAGGAGUAUUGUGCUUGGUGUUUUUGAGCAAUACCUCAAAGUUAUACGAAAGCUUAUCCUCACAUACACCCUGGAGCCAGCUGGGUCACAUGGCGUCUGGGGUCUCGAUGACCACUCUUUUCUUCCAUACAUAUUUGGCUCGGCGCAACUAACCCGCCCGAUUACCGAGGACGAGACCAUGCCUCUGGAAGGCUCCGUGAUGCGGGCCCCAAAACUAGGGGAUAUCACCAAGGCCGAAACCGUUGAGGUGCAGCGCGAGCUGAACAUGUAUUUCUCGGCCGUCGGAUUCAUCAACGACGUGAAGAAAGGUCCCUUCUGGGAGCACAGCCCCCUUCUCUGGGAUAUUUCUGGCAUUAAGGACGGUUGGGGGAAGGUGAAUAAGGGCAUGGUCAAGAUGUUUAACGCCGAGGUUCUAUCCAAGUUCCCUGUUGUUCAACACUUCCCCAUCGGCUCGUUGUUCUCCUGGGAAGUGGAUCCGGAAGCACCAAUACCAACACAGAGUGUACACAUGCAAAAUCAGCCUAUCGUCGCGGCUGCAGGACAGGCGCCUGCAGGAAUGCCGCCAACGGGCAUGCCGCCACCACAGUUGAAUCCUAUGGGCGUCUCAGUAGGUACGGGUGCCCCGUGGGCGCAAGGAGGUCUGAUGCCUGCGCCGGGUAUCUCUUCUCGGCUGCCACCAAUGACUGGAACGACUAGGCCGCCACCUCCAGAUCCAGUUUCCAGACAAAGCGGAGGGCCUGUUGCUACAAAUAGCGGGACGAAUAAUGGACAGUUGGGCUCGACAAAGGCUCCUUGGACAUAG